CAUCUUCAACCCUACCCCACCAAGUCUUCUCCUCUCCCCUCACUAUCACCCACCACAUCCAUCAACAUGCCAGUCUGGGAGAAGACCAAGCAUAGCAGCAAAGCUGCCUUUGACAAAGGAUGGGCAGCUUUCGAGAAAUUGGGCGCUCCAGUGAACAAACUCACAAACAAGAUCGGAUCCGAAGCAUUCUGGCCACAAGGACUGGGUCCAGAAUCCGACAAGGCAGCACGUAUCCUGAAAUCCUUCUGUAGUGAGUACUCCCCACUUCCGAUCAGGAAGUCUCUAACAAGAACAGAGGAUGGAUUCUACAAAGAUGAGCCCGUCACAGAUAAUCCAGCAGUGGCAGGCCCAGCAGCACCUGGCCCUGCAAGGACAGGUGCUGUCCCAGCAAGCGGUACACCAACAGGGCCUCCAACUCCGGGCUACACAAACACUAGCUCCGACAAAAAGCCCACGUCUCCAGGACCGAAGAACAAGCCCAAGGUACUUGUCAAGAUCCCACAGAAAGUCAUCCAGAACUGCGUCGGUCUCGCCAUCUUCACAGUCAUGCGAACCGGCCUUUGGGUCAGUGGAGCCGGCGGUUCCGGUGUUCUGAUUGCGCGCAAGGAAGACGGGAACUGGGGUCCUCCAUCAGGAAUCCUGAUCCAUACCCUUGGUGUUGGAUUCAUGGCCGGUAUCGAUAUCUACGAUUGUGUCAUCGUCAUCAACAACCGUAAGGCACUGGAAGCUUUCAAGACAAUGCGUGUUUCUCUCGGAGGAGAACUUUCUGUCGUUGCGGGCCCACUCGGAGCCGGAGGAGUCCUUGAAGCGGAGCUGGUGAAGAACAGCAAGAAGCCAAUCUUCAGCUACGUGAAGAGUCGUGGUCUGUACGGUGGUCUUCAAAUCGAUGGAACGAUCAUCGUGGAGCGAAACGAUGAAAAUGCCAAGUUCUAUGGGGAGAGAUUACCAAUUUCGAAUAUCCUGGCCGGACAGGUCAAAAAUGUUCCCAGGGAGACGAGAAUGUUGGCCGAGGUCGUCAAGCAAGCGGAAGGCAGAACCGAUGUUGAUCCAGUGGUUUUGGAUCAAGCUUCUCACGUUCCUCCUCCGUCCGACCUGGAAGUCGAGAAAAUGAGCGAGCCGACACAAGAUCAGAAGAACAAUUUCGCGCCUCCACCUAAUUACGACCCCGCUCACGUUGGUGCAGCUGGAGUGGUAUCACACGACGAGAAGACCGGGUAUGGAAAUCAAACCUACGGAAAUCAAACCUACCCAGGACAAAGCCACAGUGAUAAUGCAGCCUUCGCAUCUCAAUACCCCAACCAGUCUCAAAUCUACAACGACCCCUCCAACUACAACACACAACACCAAGCCUCCUACCAACCAAACGCUCAAAACCCCCAAACCCCAACCGGACAAUCCACCUUCGCCGCCGCCCCCAACCAACCAUCCACAUCCACAUCACACACCCCUGGCGUCGACAAAGACGGUUUCCCAACCUACGACCCAACCCUCUACGACGCCACACCCCACACAACAGGUAACCAAAACCCAAACUCAUUCGCAAACACCAAUACACACCCAAAUACAAGCACAUUUCCAGAACCUCUCGGCCAGCAUCCUCCAACAAGAACAGAUUCAGGAUUCGCUGCUCCGCCCGGUCCGCCACCUGGACAUAGUGUGCAGAGGACGGAUUCGGGAUUCCCUGGGCCGCCACCAAGAUCACCCAAGAGAGAUGGUGAUGUGAAUAUGGGAGGGGAGGGUUCGAAGCAGGAUCCGGAUGGGCCGCCGAGGUAUGCUUAGUUUGAUGGCGUCAGUGGGGAUGGGAGACGGUAGAAUUUAGAGGGAAGACGGGAUAUGUUGGAGCGUUGACUAUUUCUUGAUAUCAGAUUAUUUUGCUGAGCAUUGCUUUUGAGUUUCUUCUUAGAUGAUUCCCUCUCAAUGGACUUUAUUACGUAUCAAAGAUCCGGUUGAAGUUACACACGUGACUUGUUUGUCGGUCAGCUGAUUAGCUUCUUGACGAAAUGUUUCCUUGUUCCUCGCUUCAGUCUUCGCAAGCAAUUAGAGCACA